GGGGGCCGGCCGUCGUGACGUCAGCGCCGCAUCACGUGACCGGUCCUAGCCCGGCGGCUCCACCCUGCGCACAAGAAGCUGCCGCAACCUCCAGUCCUCUCCCAAUAUGGCGCCGCUCGCCUGCUGAGCUCUCCCCGCUCCCCCCCUCCCCGCCGCCCGCCCGCCGAGACAUGCUCACAGCCGGAUAGUGACAGCCAGAGCAGCCCGGUCUCUUCUCUCCAGCAGCGCGGGCCCCGGAGCCCACGACCGCCGCCCUCCUCUCGCACGCAGCCGGAGCAGGAGGCCUCAACGCCGCCAUGGCUCAUUCCCCGGUAGCCGUACAAGUGCCUGGGAUGCAGAACCAUCGGGCUGAUCCAGAAGAGUUGUUCACAAAACUUGAGCGCAUUGGAAAGGGGUCCUUUGGUGAAGUUUUCAAAGGGAUUGAUAACCGGACUCAGCAUGUGGUUGCUAUAAAAAUAAUUGACCUGGAAGAAGCAGAGGAUGAAAUAGAAGAUAUACAGCAAGAAAUAACAGUACUCAGCCAGUGUGACAGUCCCUAUGUGACAAAGUACUAUGGAUCCUAUCUGAAGGGCACAAAGCUAUGGAUUAUUAUGGAGUAUCUAGGUGGUGGCUCUGCCUUAGACUUGCUGCGUGUCGGGCCUUUUGAUGAGUUCCAAAUUGCAACCAUGUUGAAAGAAAUUUUAAAAGGUUUGGAUUAUCUGCAUUCUGAGAAUAAAAUUCACAGGGACAUCAAAGCUGCCAAUGUCCUGCUUUCAGAACAAGGAGAUGUAAAACUAGCUGACUUUGGUGUAGCUGGACAGCUGACCGAUACACAGAUUAAAAGAAAUACAUUUGUAGGGACACCUUUUUGGAUGGCGCCCGAAGUCAUACAACAGUCUGCCUAUGAUUCAAAGGCUGACAUUUGGUCUUUGGGAAUAACUGCAAUUGAAUUGGCUAAAGGUGAACCACCAAACUCUGAUAUGCAUCCAAUGAGGGUCCUGUUUCUCAUCCCUAAAAACAACCCACCUACGUUAACAGGAGAUUUUAGCAAACCAUUCAAAGAAUUUAUUGAUGCCUGCUUAAACAAAGAUCCAUCUUUUCGACCUACAGCCAAAGAACUUCUCAAGCACAAGUUUAUUGUGAAAAAUGCCAAGAGAACAUCUUACCUAACAGAGUUGAUUGACAGGUUUAAGCGAUGGAAAGCUGAAGGGCACAGUGACUCUGGCUCUGAUGAUUCAGAUACGGAGUCCAGUAACAAAGAAAACAAUUCUCAUCCCGAAUGGAAUUUCACCACAGUUCGGAAGAAACCAGACGCAAAGAAAUUGCAGAACGGAACCGAUCAAGACCUUGUGAAAAGCUUGAGCUCCUUAUCUAUAAUAAUCGCCCCAGUGUUUGCUGAGUUAAAACAGCAAGACAGGAAUAAUACUGCAAGGAAAAAUGCAAUUGAAGAACUUGAAAAGAGUAUGAACCUAGCAGAAGCAACUUAUCCUGGAAUUACUGACAAGAUGGUAAAAAAACUUAUGGAAAAAUUCCAAAAGUUUUCUGUUGGUGACUCUUAAGUAUCUUUUUACGACCAUGACAACGCUGUAUUAAAAUGGCAGAGGGACACCCACCAAAACUACUCCAAGCCUGGCCGUGCUUAGCAUAUUCAGCUCCUUGUGCCUUUUUGGAUCUUCGCAAAACACAUCCAUGACCAUGAUUGAUAGAUUGGAAAGAAAAAAACAACUACCUUUUUUAUUUUAUUUUAUUUUUCUUCUUUCCUUUUUUUUUUUUUUUGUUUUGUGAUGGUGUAAAUGGUUUUUAUAUUUUCAGAAAAUUAUUUUGUAAAGACUGAUAACUUUUACUAGUUUAAUCUUUUGUUUAAUCCUGUAAAUGUCGAUAUGCUGUUUUUUUGCUGUUGGGUAACAGUUGCUAAGUUAGUAACGUGCAAGUGACAGUACGUUUGUGGUGGUUGUGUUGCACUGUACUCUGAUGCAAUCCACUGGUCUUUUUAUUUGUGUAUGACUUGACGUUUGCCAUUUCUUGGUAAGGUACAAGAAGUGGUGGGUUAGAGGACGUGAAGUGGAGCCAUUCGGUUUCACGGAGGCACAUUGGAGCUGCUGUACAAACAUGCCUUUGCUUAUGACACCUCAGACCCACGUAGGCCAUAAGCAAUUUCUCUUCUGUAUGAACGCUUGCCCAUGUUGACCACAGAGCCCCAACCUAGAGCGAUAUUGGGCAAACUAGGCGUCCAUAAUAUCUGCUUUCCUAGAUUUGACAGUAAUAUCAACACAAGUGGCACUUGAGGUGUAUUGUCACAGCAGAAGUAAAAAAAAAAAAAAUGAUGGGCCAAACUUGUAUUCAUCAGAAUGCAAUGGACCGAUUUACUAGGAACCAGUCUGACACCCCAGGCACAAAUGUCAGCUGCCUUAUUACUAGUGGUUAAGUCAUCAAAAUGCUUUAUCACUGGUUCCUAAGGAAUGGGCUGCCUUAUUCACGUACAUCGGUGCAGCUUACAAAGUGGCUUUCUACACAUUACGUAGGCAACAGGUACACCUUUACCAGAAAACAUAUCACUGCACUGCUCAACUGGGCAGCUGUGUAACACGUCCAGGGUUGCUCAUCAGUAUGCUAUCUACUUCCCAACUAUGUAGACUUGCUGGAAAUUCUCCGAUUCAAGCCCUCGAUAGCUGGAAAUCUGGAUGUAGAUUUGCUGCUUUUUUUUUUUUUUUCUGUUUUCUUUUUAUGCCCUCUACUUUUCCAGCUACGUUGCUGUUCUCUUUUGAUCCUAAUUUCCAGAACAUGGCAGCAGUAUUGCUUUUUCUAAUGCAGUUGAAAUAGCAACUUUGCUCAGACUUCAUCGUAAUGCUGUCCCACUUGUAAGGUCUUUUUUGCAUCUUUUAUUUCCUUCAAGGAGAAUUAAAGCAAUACAUUUUUAGUUUUUGUUUAUCGCAAAUAGACAGAAUGUCUAUUGUUAUUUAAGAUUUUGUUUUGUUCCGGAGGGUGCCUGCUUUGCAUUGCAGAAAUGUGAUGUAGGACUUUUAGUGAGUGUCGAUCUGUUGAAAAGGAUAAUGUACAUUAUACGCUAUAGUGGGCAAAGCAGGGCUUUUAAGUAUCAUGUGAAAACAUAGCCCUCUCUGUUCCCUCAAUCAGAGUACAGACAAUGGUUCGCACCAGCAUCCCCCAAGCAUCAAAUCUCCCAUGUAAUAUAUUCCAUUAUUAUUAUUUUUUUCUUUUCCAGACUUCUCAUGUAUAACAGCACCAUGAUGUAUUUAUACUCCUGUGAAAGUGUAUUUUAAGUCUGUAUUUACCAUUUAAUAUACAAGUAACUAAAUUAUAGAGAUUAUCUCACACACAACCAGUGAAGAGACUUGAUGUUUGGCAGUAAAAAAGAAAAAACUAUCUUCCCAAACAGCCGGUACUGCUUAAUGGAAUGUUUCUCCGCAAUCCAAAAUAAAUAAAUAAAUAUAUAUAUAUAUAUAUAUAUAUAUAUAUAUAUAUAUAUAAUAUUUUUCUUUAGCAUGUACUUCUUAGUUUGUUUUCUUGAAGGUGGUGUAAUUAUAAUAUUAUAAUGUGUUCAUAUCGCUAUAUUAUAAUAUUAUAAUCUGUUGUGCAUUUUAGGAUUUGAGUCCUAUUUUACAUUGUCGACGUUUAUACCCAUACGCGCCAGAGCACGUCUGGCUGUACAUUUUUCAAUCCGUACUGUAUGGCCCGGACUCUUGUGCACCUUAUGGACUCAAGACUAUCUGCCAAAUCUAUGAAAUGUGAAUGGUGCAUGACCAACACAUUUCAUCCAAUUGCCAUUGCAGUGUUUAGGUUUUUAUAUGUAAGUAGACAGUGGUGUUUAUGGGGGGAUGUGACCGCCAGUGUCUGAUGCAAAUGAGCAUGCUGCAGUGUCAAGGAAUUGUUUUGUAGUUAUCCACAAAAGAGACUCGUCAACUGGCAGCAUAUAGAUUGCUUUUGCUGUGAAGAACUGGCAGCACAGUGUCUUAAAUAGACCCACCCGCAUUUUUUUGCCAAUCAUGCCAUGUGGCCUUGUCCUACACUUACACCUACGUAACUUGAGACUUCAUCUGACCAGGUGCUGGGAAAAAUGUGUGUAAUUGCACAAAUCACACUAUAGUCAUGCUGCAGUGUUUGAUCUCAAGACAUCUGUAGAAACCGGUGCACAUGAAAAAAGUUAGUUUAGUUGCUAUGAGUUUCUGAGCUUUAUUGUUUUUCUAGUACAGGUUAAAGAAUGAAAGUAAACAUCUGGUUGCAAUCGGUUUAUCUUUGCAUCACUUUUCAGAUAUUUAGUGAAGAUAUGAUGCAGAAAUGUACUAUAUGGCAAACGUUGAUUCAGAUUGCAGCAUGCUUAUUUCCACUGCAGGGUAGAUAUAUGCCGCCCCUUCCCCCACCAUAACUCUUGCUCUAAGGAGACACUUGAAAACAUGUAACUGGCUAUUGCCAAGGAGUGAGCAACAUUUUCUAUGGUGCCUACACAAUUGAGUUAAUCUGUUUUUUUUUUUUUAAACUUCCUUUUCCUGUUUUUAAUUUUACAGAACCGUUUGUUUGCGUUUUGUGCUCUUACUGAAACUCACUUCAAAUUUAUAUCUUGAGAAAGUCUGAAAAUAGUUUUUGAAAACAAUGUUAUGGUUAAAAAAUAAAAUAUUUUUAUAAAUAUAUAAGCAGUAAAAGUUGUAAAUACAGUCAAUCAGAAAGCUUUAUAAGGACUUCACAGAUAGAAAAAAAAAAUGAAAAUAUGAAGAAAAAAAAACGGCGAUACCCAUAUAUACUUCGUAGUUAUUACUCUUGUAAAUCUGUUAAUAGAGUAAGCUUAUUUCAAUAUUUCAGGGGAUUUUAAAUGGUUUAAGAAUAAAUAUUUAAAUUCUGA